AUGGAGCCUGCUCAGAUCGACCAGAAGCGAAUUGAUUCACGCUUUGUGGAAGACGUUUUCUACGAACACCUCCGAGCUCCAAAAUAUUUCGACUUCUUGACCCCUAACCACUUAGACUUCGUAGACGACGCUUGGUUCUGCAAACUUGGUAUCAAUCUCUUGCCUCAUCUCUGCAUAUCUUUGAUGCUCAAACACCAGGAUCUAUUACAGAGAAGAAUAAAAGGUGGAGGGGACAUGAAGACAGCUACAAGGGUUACUGAAAGAGAAGAUACUACUGGGAAGAUUGAAGUUAACGAGACUCAUCAUCAUCAUCAGCCUUACUCUGUUCAUGAGAUGGAGUUGAAGAAGGAAAGAAAGCCGUUGCUGGAAAAAAAGGGAAUGGUUGAAGAAUUGGCGAAGAGAAAGGAGAAAGAGGGAAUGGUUGAAGAAGUGGUGAAGAGAAAAGAGGAAAAGAGAAUGGUUGAAGAAUUCAUAACUUAA